AACGAUUCAGGCCAAAAAUGAGCAAGUACGUUCCACUGAAGAAAUUACUUUCGAUCAAGAAGAAGUCGAACGAAGCGGCUCGCGAUUACAACAACCAUUUCCGUCAAUAGAAAGUCCAACAUGACAAGAGUGUCGAAAAGGACACAGGAGUAGCGUCCCUAUCUGAGGCUAAUAUGCUGCACCAAUUCAUUAACGGACUUAAUCCAAAACUCUUGCGUCAAGCGGUACGCUCAGAAAGAGUGACGAAUCUAAAUGCCGCGAUGGGGAUAGCGAUUGUGUGGAAUGCCAGCUGUUCGCUGAUGCUCCGAAGAAAGAGAAGAUGUUUCACAACUUUCUGGUCGCAAAGAUCUUUGAAAGGUUCGCUUUGGACUACGUUGGCCCUCUGCCAACAUCAAUUCGCGGCAAUCAACACAUAUUUGGUCGCCCCUGAAUACUUCACCAAAUGGCUUAUCGUCAAAGCCGUGGAGAAGGCUGAUCAGGAAAUCACUGCACGUUUCCAGAGCGCGAGAUGUCUCAAGCUCUGGAAGUCCAAACCGCGGCCCCAAAGAGCAAAUUAGAAGUCGGGGAUAAGGUGCCAAGGAUGCUCCAUAGGGAUGCAGGCAAGUUGGCACCCAAGUUUAAUACCU